AUGGCGCUCGCCUACCAUGCCGGCCCUGGCCCUGGUCAGGAUGGGACAAACAACCCCUAUGCAGUCCUGCCGGGGACGAAGCCGGGGACGUUCAUACAACACAAUAUGGUGCCGAUGAAGUCGAGGGCCUUGAGCCGCGACCAGCCAGGCUGCCACCCGAGCCGAUGGAUUCACGAGCUCGUCAACAACAACUUUACCAUCUGUGACAUGUUUGGAAGGGCCAAACAGGCCGAUCUCGACACCCCCUUCGAGUGGCAACACGAGCACCGGCUCGUGCUCAACGGGAACCAGAGCCGCGCGACGCACGACCGGAAAGUACUCUCGUCCAUCUGCCUCGACUGCCACUUUCACUUCAUCUUCAAACUAUCCUGGGACCCUGAACACGCCCACGAGCAGUGCAACGCGAGCCAAGCUACCUGGCCCAUGCGGGACGACUCGUAUCCCUGGCAUCACCUGGCCUGGGCCGGAUCAGAGGCCGACCACGUCAUCGCGGACGAGUGGUCCAAAUACUACCCCCUGAGGGCACGUGAACACUUUGCCUGUGUCGCGCCUCCCUGCACAUUCCAGAUCACCUUGGAUGUAUCCGAGCCUCGCAUGGGAAGCGAGUGGAUCCGCCUUCUGCAGGACGAGGAUACCAUCCUCAGAGAGCUCAGGAGGGCGACGGAGAAGGACCCGCAGCGAUACGAGGGUGCUACCGACGACUGGGCCAAGCAAGCACCGCUGAACCUGAAUACGUACCUCAAGAACCUCCUCGAAUCGGACGCCCAAUCGGCGAGGGCCAUAUCUAAGCGCAACAAGCGUUUCGCUGUUGUUUUCGGCCCACGGUGUUUCGGCCUGUUCAGAGCUCUCGGGUUUGAAGAGGCUGUCGAUAUGCAAGACGGCGUUGACGAAGGCACAUUCACUCCCAUGCCUCCCCCACCUUCUACGGACGAGAACGGCAUCACCCAGAUUGGAACGUAUCGUGCUUAUAUCGAAGACGUGCGCAAUGAGGUCCAGUCCCUGAUUCACAAGAUGGGUCAGGUCGGGGAGAACCCAAGCUUCGUAAGUAGUGCUCUGCACACGGACCUGGGGUGCAAAGAGGUGCCCAACAUCAGCGGAAACGCCCUGGUCAACAUUGAACGAUACAGGCUCCUGGGGAUCUUGCCCAACCAGCCCCGUGAGAUCGUCGUCAAUGCUUACUUCCGUCAGUGGGAUCUCCUUCCUGGCAAGAGGCGGGAGAUGGUCGAUGCCCUCAUGGCGGUUGCCAACGACGGCAACGACGAGCAGCUUUCCGACUUUGCCAUGAUGCAGUCCUCGGUGUUCGACAGUCAACUGCCUGUGCAGGGAACCACAGACGAGGACGGCCUUCUCAACCAGGCCCUCCUAUACCUCGGCCUGAACCCGCCUAACACGUACUCUGCCGAAAAGGUGAUCGAUGCCUUCCGGGGGAAACUCGUCGAGUCGCCGGCCGACGCCAGCACCGCUAGAGCCAUGCUGAUCAUGAUUGCUCAAAACACGACGGAUGACAACUACCAGACAAGCCUGAUAAUGGAGGCGGAUGUCAAGAUGUCAACCGAGACGUCCAAGGCCAUCCUGGGCGGCGACGGACCCGGUCGGUCCAGGGACGACUGGUACAACUCGGCCGUGCUCAAGCUGCAGGCCGCCAAGAAUCGUGACGAGAGUGUGCUGUACGUGCAAGCUCUGGAGUCGUUGGCGGAGAAUACGCAGGACUACGAGCUCAAGGCAGCCGCCUUCGAGUUGCGGAGUCAGCACGAGGCGCGGGAGCCUUCUGCCGACGACUCGGCGCCGAAGGGCGAGGACGCCAGCGACCUGAGCCUGCCGGUCGGCCUGCACAACAUCGGCAACACGUGCUACCUCAACAGUCUUCUCCAGUAUCUCUACACGGUCAAAGCUGUGCGCGACAUUGCUACGAAUUACGGAGAGUACAACCUUGACCUUUCUGACGAUAGCAUCGCGGAGCGUCGACUAGGAGGAAACAGGAUGCAGCUGGACCGUGGCGAGGCCGUCGUGGCACAGGCUUUCGUCAAGGAACUGGGCGAGCUCUUCCACAACCUCCACACGUCCAGCAAGGUUGCGACGCGACCAUCCCAGAGGCUUGCGAACGCAGCUCUCCUUUCGACGCAUGCACUGCUCGAGGACGCUAGGCCUGCAUCUACGGCCGCAGUCUCUCGGCCUCCCUCUCUGCCGGAGAGGCAGCCCGACGUGCCAACCACGCCGGCUUCGGAGCAGCCCAGCGACGUCGAGAUGUCACAGGUGUCAGCGUCCAAGUCUGAGGAUCAGGAGGCCCAUAGCCGUGCAAGCUCUGCAACCUUGGUCGGGGCCGGUGACGAGCAAAUCAAGGGGCUCGAUGGGAAGACGCAGGAGGCUGCGCCUCGGAAGACGGCCGGAGGCUCCCUGAUACCCGAUAUCGUCAUGGAGGACGUCGACGGUGCCAAGGCAGAGGAUCCAGAUCCUGACACAGUGGAUGCGAAGGUCCUGCGGGCAUUGGAACACCAGAAGCGCUCCUCCGGAACGGAGCAGCAGGACGUAGAAGAGGUCAUGGGAAAGAUCAUCAGUCUUCUGCAGGCAGCCAUCAAGCCCACCGACGUGGAUGCCGAUACGGGAAUCCAGUCUGAGAAGAUCAUGGAAACCUUUUUCGUCACGACGGUCAACUACACCAAGAAGUUUGGCGAGAAGACGUAUCAGCGCGAGGUCAGCUACGACCGGUCCAUCACGGCGUUCCCCGCUCCGGGACAGGAGUGCUCCCUGUACGAGGCUCUGGGCCGCAACUUUGACCAGCAGGUCCUCGAGGACAGCCAGCUGUCGCGGUACACCGCGAUCCGCAGCCUGCCUCCCGUGCUGCACGUCCUCAUCCAGAGGACUCUCUCCACAGGGCGGAAGAAUGCCAAUCCUGUCGUCAUACCAGAGACACUGUACCUGGACCACUAUAUGGACGCGCCGCACGACUCUGCCGAAUUCCAACGCCGCAAGGAGGACUGGACCGUGACCACUCGCCUGGCUGACAUCAGGCAGAGCCAGCUGGAUGGCAAGGCGUUUUCCGGUAGCGGGCGCCUAGUCGAGAAGAUGAGCCGGGCGAUGCGAGGGGUUGCAGCUGGUGAGAGCAAGGGCAACAGCUGGGCAGGAAUCGAUGGCGAUGCCAUGGCGGUUGAUCCGCAGCAGGAUGCUACGCCAGAGGAGGAGGAGGAGGAGGAGGAGGAGGAGGAUUGGAGCUUUGACGGGACCAUAGAGGACGACUUUAUCCUCGUGUCGCCGAGGGGCCGCACCGAAGCAGAAGACGGAGGAGCAUCGAGCCAGCCGCUUCAAGGACCCGAGGAUGUGGUGCAGGCAGAGGAGACGGUCCAGCGCAUGAUUGAUGAGGAGAUUUCCGAACUGGAAUCGGCGCGUAGAGAGCACUUCAGCAGCUCUCAGAAGCACGCAUAUCGUCUGGAGGCGGUCAUCUGCCACAGCGGCAACCUCCAGGCCGGGCACUACUGGGUGUGGAUCCGCGACUUUGCCAACGACAUCUGGCGUUGCUACAACGACGCCACAGUGCGCGUGGAGACGGACACGGCCAAGGUGCUGCACGACCUGAGCAAGGGCGGCGAGCCGUACUAUCUGUGCUACGUCCGCGACGAGGACAAGGAGGAGUGGGUGGACGUGCCGACACGCGAUGUACCCGUGCCAGUACCAGCUCUGGCGGCAGACUCGUCAGACGCAGAUGCGGAUGCGGACAUGACGUCAAACGACGCCGACGGGCCUGCCCCGCCGGCAGAGGCAGAGACCGUCAGCAGUGGCGAUGUGCCUGGGGCUGCCAACUAG